GCACGCGUUGCCAGGCGUGUAAUAGGGGAAACUCCUCCCCGCCGGGGCCGCCUUGCAGGCGCUGCCAGAGGAGCGGCCGCCUUGCUGCCCCCACCUCCGAACGUGCGGCGGCCGCACACCAAGCGCAGAGCCCACCGCCUGUGCACCCGCGCGCAGCUCGCGGCAGAGGGGGCAGCGCCGCGCGGAGCUGCGGGGCGGCGAGAUUAGGGACUGCUCGAGCCCACCCGCUCCCGCCACCAGGCUGUGCUGACCCGGCGCCCAGGCGGCUGGAGGCGGCAGGCGCGCGGCGGGCAGCGGGCGGGGGCGGCGCGCCGCGGUGGCAGGGUGCCCCGCGUGCACCCCGCAGAGCUGGGCGCAGACCCGCGGGCCGUCGGGGGCGCGGCGGCCCGCCCGAGCCCGCACCUGUCCGGCCGCGGUGGCCGGGAGCCCGAGUGGCGCCGCAGUCAGUGGCAUCAAAGGCAGCGAGGGAGGGAAGAGCCCGCGGAGGCGAGGCCCGCGCUCCGGAGGAAGCCGCGCCUGGCUGGAGGCCCCAGACCCUGCUCCCCGAGCUCCACCGCACCAUGGCCCCGAAGCUGCUCCUCCUCCUCUGUCUGUUCUCGGGUUUGCACGCCCGGUCCAGGAAGGUGGAAGAGGAUGAAUAUGAAGAUUCAUCAUCAAACCAAAAGUGGGUCUUGGCUCCAAAAUCCCAAGACACUGAUGUGACUCUUAUCCUCAACAAGUUGCUAAGAGAAUAUGAUAAAAAGCUGAGGCCAGAUAUUGGAAUAAAACCGACCGUAAUUGACGUUGACAUCUAUGUUAACAGCAUUGGUCCUGUGUCAUCAAUAAACAUGGAAUACCAAAUUGAUAUAUUUUUUGCUCAGACCUGGACAGACAGUCGCCUUCGAUUCAACAGUACAAUGAAAAUACUCACUCUGAACAGCAACAUGGUGGGAUUAAUAUGGAUUCCAGAUACAAUCUUCCGCAAUUCUAAAACUGCAGAGGCUCACUGGAUCACCACCCCCAAUCAGCUCCUCAGAAUUUGGAAUGAUGGGAAAAUCCUUUACACUUUAAGGCUCACCAUAAAUGCAGAGUGCCAGCUACAGCUGCACAACUUUCCCAUGGAUGAACAUUCCUGUCCACUGAUUUUUUCCAGCUAUGGCUACCCCAAAGAAGAAAUGAUUUACAGAUGGAGAAAAAAUUCAGUUGAGGCAGCUGAUCAGAAAUCCUGGCGGCUUUAUCAGUUUGACUUUAUGGGCCUCAGAAACACUACAGAAAUUGUAACAACAUCUGCAGGUGAUUAUGUUGUCAUGACUAUAUAUUUUGAAUUGAGUAGAAGAAUGGGAUACUUCACUAUUCAAACAUACAUUCCCUGUAUACUGACUGUGGUUUUAUCCUGGGUGUCAUUUUGGAUCAAAAAAGAUGCUACACCAGCAAGAACAGCAUUAGGCAUCACCACAGUGCUGACCAUGACCACGCUUAGCACCAUUGCCAGGAAUUCCUUGCCCCGUGUGUCCUAUGUGACAGCCAUGGACCUCUUUGUGACUGUUUGCUUCUUAUUUGUCUUUGCUGCUCUGAUGGAGUAUGCCACCCUCAACUACUAUUCAAGUUGUAGAAAACCAACUACCACUAAGAAGAAAACAUCGUUAUUGCAUCCAGAUUCCUCAAGGUGGAUUCAUGAGCGAAUAAGCCUACAAGCCCCCUCCAGGAAAAGUGUAAUGACCUUGAAGAAAGUACAUAGAAAAACAACUCAGAGAGAAAGGGCUCCAGGCCAGAACUAUUCUCUCCUUGACGUGAGGCCCCCACCACCUGCAAUGAUCACUUUAAACAAUUCUGUGUACUGGCAGGAAUUUGAAGAUACCUGCGUCUAUGAGUGUCUGGAUGGCAAAGACUGUCAGAGCUUCUUCUGCUGCUAUGAAGAAUGCAAAUCCGGAUCUUGGAAAAAAGGGCGUAUUCACAUAGACAUCUUGGAGCUGGACUCAUAUUCUCGGGUCUUUUUCCCUACAUCAUUCCUGCUCUUCAACUUGGUCUAUUGGGUUGGAUACCUGUAUCUCUAAAUAUUUCUGUGGUGAUGAGUAAAGAGCACUAGAUUUCACUCUUUACUUUCACUGUCCCCAGACCAGUAGUGACCAAUUGGAGUAGGAAGGAAAAACACUGCUCAGUUUAUCUGAAGUUAUACAUUACCUUUGAGCAGCACCGGAGUACCUGGCAACCAUUUCUAUUAUGCAUUUCACACUCACACACAUGCGUGCGCACACACACAUUAAUUGAGUUUUAAAGUGAUAUUCUUGCUAAUCCCUUAUUGAAUCUGUAAGUUGGUGAUGUUUAUGAAUGGUUUUUGGAUAUUGGAAACAGUUGCCAAUUGUCGUUGCAAGGAAAUCUGUAAAACAUGUAAGCAAAUAUCCGAGAAGCUCUCUUAUGCCAAGACCCCUUCUAUAUCUUUCCUUAGCAACUCUUAGGAGCACCAGUGCCCACAUGUGUGGAGUCACUGCUUGCUGGGACACACUCAUGUUGACCUCAUCCCCGUGUUCCUGGACAGUCUGAGUUCAAGUAUGAACUGCAGUGAGUUUUGACCUGGUUUCCUCUCUUUGUGACCUCUUUUACUCUGGAACUAUCAUUGUUACCUAGAAUUUCUUUAUUUAAUAAUCUUACCCUAAGUUUAGGAAGGGUGUAUAUGCAUUAUCCACAAGUUUCCAGUUGAGAAAAAAAUAUGAUUUGAAAAAUUCUCAUGUUGCUGAAUUCAAUGAUGUUGAUUAUCUCUGAACAUCAGAAGGUUAUUACUCUAUUCCAAACUACUAAAAGUAAGCAGUAUUUUAACUUUGGGUUCUUGGAUUAGUUCAGUUGGAGUUAAACAUUUUACCUUAAGAGUUGUGUUUUGUUAGACCAAAACACAACCCCAGAGUAUGUAUCUUUUGUAUGUUAUGCUAUUACAGGUUCAAUGAUUAUCUUUGUCUUGCAAAGACAAGUAUACAGCACUCAUAAGCCCUUGUCGUGAAAAUGUUUUCCAAAGUGUGAAAGAAAUAUAGAUGGAAUUUAAAAUUUUCAUAGUUAUAAUUAACUUUCAAGUCAAAUCAACUUUAGAUGCAAAAAAGGGCAAUGGCUAUCAUCAAUGAUAUAUUUUGAUGAACAAAAUUAUUUUAUACUUUGAGAUAUGAAUAUGUAGCAAAAUCCCAAAGAAAAAAUCCCCUGAAAUUAUUACUCUUUUGAUAUUUUUAUAACACAAAACUAACUUGGUUCUUGAUGUUAGUUCUUUGUUAUAACUGGAUACCAGUAUGUAACUUCACAAGACUCUUCAGAAGCCUCCCACCCUUGAUAGGAAAAACAGUCCCACCAGUUCAUUAAUAAUGCUUUGGCAUUAUUAAAAUUUUGGUACUAAAAUUUUUCUACCAGUACCUCUGUACUUCUCAUCUUUCUCACCCAUAAAAUUGAAUUAAUUUUAUUGGAAACCAUAAAAUUUUAUUUUAAUUAUCUAUUGUAAGUACAAUUAUUACUCAGAAAAAAGGUAAAAUAAUACACAGAGAGAAUAUAUAAAAGUGCUAAUUUCACAUAAUUUACUAGAUUAAGACAAGACAUAAGGGGAUGGGAGUGGAAGAGGCUAGAAAAGUAAAAUAUAAAUCUGUUUAUAUUUAUGAAACAUCAUUCAUAUCAAGUGAAUGCAAAUACAUUGGUAUGAUCACCCAGCUUUCAAGGACUGAAUCUAUAUAGUGUGAGACACCCAAGUCCUCAGCUUUUCUUCCUGUCAUCUCCCUGACUUUGAUUUAAUAGUGGCUACAUAUGCCACAAGCCAAUUGGGUUCUAUUUAGCAAAUUCAAUUUAAAACAUAAAAUAAUAUUUGUGGAUAAACAAGCUGAACCUACUGGCUUAUAUGAAAUUUCUACUCUAUUGAAGAAUUUCACAUACUAGCAUCCUUGUUCUGUCUCUCAUGCAUAAACUACUUCCCCACACUUGGCAGUGGUGUCCUGGAGGCACCCUGACCAAAGGAAUCCACCAUAUCCCACCAAAGCACUGAGGACCCAUGGAAGGUGGUCCAAAGUCAGUCCUUUUCAAGCAUAAUUUUCAUCUUUAUGAAUUUAUAAUAUCUAACAAUAUGAAGAAUUUCAACCUGUUAUGUCUUAAAAGUAGUUAUGGAGGGAGAUGAAUUUUCUAGUGAAAUUCUUCUUGGAAAACACAUAACCUAAGAACACUUUUAUAAGAUAAAUUUGCUCUACUUUUACCUUAAAAAUUAUAUUGAUGCCUCUUAUUUCAAAGCUACUCAAUAUUUCGGUGUUGUUGGCAACUCAUAAAAUUAUAUGUGUAGGAUAUACUUACCAAUAACCUAUUUGCUGAAUCCAACCAUUCUCUUCCCCCUGAUCUCAGCCAUCCUGCUGAUUUAAACACUAGUUCAUGGUUCAUUUUUCCAUAAAGGAAAACUUUUAUCUCAAGAGAGUCUCAUAGAUGUUCACUCACAAAGUAUAAAAUAGACUCCCGCCCAUACAGCAAUAUACCCACAAUGGGUUCUGACUAAAAAGAACUCAAACAUCCCCUCAGAACACACCAAUGUCAGUUUCUCUGCAGGCUUGUCUGUUCAAGUUCUAAGUCUCAACUUCUGAGAUAAGCCUUCAGUUCACAAUACAAGAGAUGGUAUGUACCUCAUGCAGGUACAGAGCUCAGGGGCUUGCUUAUUAACUAUGUAAGAGUUUACCUUUUGGAGGAGGGAAGAGGAGAAUCACAGGAAGAAUGUGAAGGAAAUGUAUCUCUCUUAAAUUGAGGGACUCUCCUUCACCAGUAUGCUUGGUUAGUAGUGUAUGUGUGAGGUGCAUGGGUGUAAGGCUGUUCCACCCAGACCCAGCACCUGUAGAGCUCUGGCCAGCUUGCUUUGCAUUUAGACUUGAGAAAUAUGUUUUGUGUUUUCAUGGCAGCUGGUGGGGAAACUGUGUAAGUGGCUGGUAUUCUAAAGGUGCUACUGUAUUCCUCACUUUCAGAAAUACUGUAAAUUGCAGAGAUGAGAGUUAUGUAUUUUGAAAAGGAUUUCUAAUUUCUUACCACUGUGGAUCAUACUUACAACUGUGACUGUCUCUCCUUUAAGCUUCAUCCAGGCUGAGAGGGAGACAAAAGAAAAGGCAUUCCACAUCAAUGAAAUUAGAGAAAAAAUUCCUCUUCAGAGCCUAGAAAGUUUCUGUUUCUACAAAGUCUCAACACCAGUGACCAGAGGAGAGAUUCUCAGGUACUGGGCAGAGAAGGAAAAUGUUGCUAUAAGUUACUUUUGACCCAGCCAAUACUGCCCCCUUUUUACCCAACAUAUGCCUUAAAAUAACACAUAAAGCUUAUAUCAUACACAUCUCAUAGAUUUUCCAUUUUCCGUAAUCACAUAUAUUCAUGACAGGUUUUAUUUAUUGUUUAUGGAUGGAUGGAGACAGGAUUUUCUUUUGUGUGUGUGUGUGUGUGUGUGCCAAGCAGUCUUAUCCUUAAUUGUAUAACAAAUCAGGUAAGAAAAUAGCUUUUGUCGAUUCAGUUGAAAAAAUGCUUGUCCUCCAUGGCAAAGCAUUUUCAGGCUACAUAAGGGAAAUUGGGACCAAUCUAAAUUAGUGCUUCUGAUGGGAUGUGAGUGUCCACCCUUCACACUGAGUCUUUUUAUCUGGCCAUAGCUUGCUACAGUAAAAGUGUCUAGACAUAUUUUUUGCUUCUCUGCAAAAUAGCAUACUCUGCAAGCAAAGGUGGGUAUUUCAUAACCCCAUUUUGCAUUAACGUAUACUUGCCACAACUAGGAAGCAAUGGGGCACUCUAUCUAAAGGGCUAGAAAAAAGACAAACAGAACCUCUUCUUCCUUGAUUAUUUUUUUAUCUCAGCUGCCAAAAACUGAGAACUUUCUUUAUUUUGCAAACUUGAAGAAUUAUAACUAGUUUCCAAGCAUAUACUUAUCACUGUAUCAGAUCAAUGUUCUCAAGACACAAAGCACUUUGAAUUCUCUCCAUGAUCUUACAAAUAUCUGCUUUUUUUGAGAAUUUAUAAACUAUAUAAAUAUGAAGUUUCAGACCCAAUUUCUGUAAAAAAGAAAAGUUAAUGAACGACUUGGAUAAACAUAAUCAUAUAUAAAUACACACUGGAAUGUUCAGAACACUAUUGUUUUUAAAAUAUUCAGAAAGAUGUCUGGAAAUAAGGAGGGGGGCAAACAGAUUGUAAAUACACUGCAAAUGGUAAAUUCAUGACUUUCUGUUGAGUCUUCUUCAAAUUGCCCCAAAUUGAGGAAGUAUGCAAUCUGUGCCUAUUUCUUCCUCUCAAACUUGCUUGUAGGAAACAUUCAGGUUGACAAGGUUUAGAAGUAUUUCUGCAUUGUAUAAUCAUAUCCGAAGACCAAAAUAAAUAAAUAAAUAAAUAACAGUUCAGGCUAAAUGACAAAUCCCUUCUUGUAUUCCUUGUUAACUUAACCUUUUACUUUAGAAAUAAUUUUCUAUAAUUAAAAGGAGAAAGCAUGUACAUGUUGAGAUAACAGGAUAAUAAUUCAGUCAUUCAUGUCUCUGGGAGAAUAAAAACUUGCCUUCUUUAAUGUUUGAUAGUUUUGAAGACUAGAGACUAGACCAUUUCCAUUCCUCUUUUCAACUUUAUUCUAAUUACAAGUCAGCAAUUCCAGGCUAUAACCUGGUUUAGUUCUAUUAAAAUUAAAGAGAGGCUAUUCCCUACUAUUUUUCUUCAAAAUGUCCUUUAGUUAAAUGAUGCUUUGCUUUUUAAUGUUGUCAGUAAAAUACCUUAAUCCUCUUAUUACUCUGCUCACAUAAAAACCAAAUUUUAGACUAGUUUAAAUCAGUGCUAAAAAAUUAGUUAAACAGCCACUAACAAGUGUUCAACGUUUUGAGCUAACCAAGUAGGUUUUUCAGAUUGUAUAAUAUAAGAACAUGAGCUAGAAAAUUUGGAAGACAAAACACACAAACAUGAACACACAUACACACACACUUGUGUACACACAUGCAUACACAUGCAUGUACACACACAUGCACACACGCAAAACACACACUGUUUGAAUGAAACAUUCAGGUAAUUAAAGGAAAUUUAAAUUGUUCUGCUUGCAUUAUUCAGAUAAUGGCUUACUUUCACCACUUCGUUUUUCAAAUUUGUAACCACAACACAGUUUUCCCAGCCAAGUGGACUAGCUCCACAAAGUGAGGGUGAUAGUGGUUCCUGAAGGGAAGGAAGGCUCUCCAUGUCUGUUGAACAGUUUAAACUGAACAGAUUGGAAACAAUAGUGAAGACUGAUUUCCAAUAAUGAAAUCUCACAGAUUGUAGCUGCCAUAGUUUCUUCUUUUCUGAUUAUUUGGAAUUUCUUCUUCAUUUCUCCCACUAAUCAGUUAUUCACAAAAGGAUUAAAAUUCCUAAUUUCCAAAAAAAAAAAAAAAAAAGUAGAAGUCCUAACUCUCAGACUGAUUUUUAGGAAUAAAUAAUGAUUGUUUUUAUUUGUUUAGAAUUUACUAAAAUAUAUUUUUAUCCUGUACUGUUCACAUUUAUGAGGAGGGAUUUCAGUUUUGCCAACUGAGUGAAGGCACCCCAAUACAGAGAACAAUAGUUUAAUCACUUUGAUGGAGAGAUCAGACCACCCCAUCCUCUACCUAGCCCAGUCAACCCAUCCACCAUUCAGUUCAGCUGCCCCAUUCAUUUAGUCCAUGCACUGGUUAGUGCAGGGUAGGUCUAGAAUCUAUAGAAAGAAGAGUAAUAAUAGAAAUUUCAUAAUAUUUGCUGAUUAAAACUUCAAAUUGUGAGCCAUGUAGGGUAAGAUAUUAGAAGAUAAACUAUGCUGCAUCAUCAUAACCAUUAUCAUCAUCACCAUCAUCAUCAUCAUAACUAUCACCAUCAUCACCAUCAUCAUCAUCAUGACCAUUAUUAUCAUCUGUAUCCUUUUACAUGUUCCAUACUAGUCCUUAGCUAUUGAUCCAAAACAAAGGUUUAAUGUUUUUUUCCAAAUCAUAACAAAAUUAGAACUUAAAUUAAGAAGAAAAUGGAAAAUUUUAAUUUUAGCUUAAAUAUUAGAUAUGCAGAUUAUAGUUUAAAAACUUGUUUUUCUAAAACAUUUCCAUAACUUCUCUGUGUCCCUUCAGUCUUAGUCUGUCUACCCUGCUUCAAUCAAAUUUGAAAUUAUUCCUUAAGAGAAUGCUCCACCUACUUUUUCUUUACUGGUUGCUUCUGGGUUUUUUGUUUUUGUUUUGUUUUAUUUCACGUGGCUUUGUUAUUCUUUUUCAUGAAGAUAACAUAUGUAUUGGCUAUGAACUCUUUUCCCUAAAAUGGAUGCAUCUUCAGACACCACAGAUUUUCUUAGCCCAAAAGGACAAUCAAUAUGCUUCUUAGUAUACAAUUUGGGUCUAGGCUUUUAUUCCCCCUAAUUUAUCUUGAGAUUUUUACUUUUAGAUAGAAGUAGACACAGGCAAAAUAUAUUGAUUACAUUUACAGUGUUUAAUAUUAUAUUAUCUGUUUAGAAUAACUGUAUUAAGAUAUUGUAAAAGAUACUUUCAAUUAUUCUUGACCUUCAAAAUGACUAAUUUUGUGCUAGUGAACAAUGUUUACAUGCAUAUAUUUAUAAAACUACAUGAUAUGUUUUUCUUUACAAGCAGCUCCUGGACUGAGUGAAAGGGUCAUUCCUCAUGAGUGCAUUUUCUAUGGAAGAUUCUAGAAGAGUAAUAAUUUUCAGGGAUUGGGCCUGGGUUGUCUUGUAAGCAGCAAAGGGCCAUCUUGUGUUUACAUGCAGUGAUGUGCGUAUUUGUGUAUGUAUGUACAGUGGUAAAACUGGAACAACUUAUUAACAUGUGUAUUACUCUACCCACCACCCCAAAUGUAGUUGAAAAAAGUAGAAAGGAGCACAGUUUUACUAGCGAUAGUAUAUUAGCUUACUAAGUGUUUAGUUAAGGAAUAAAGGAGUGAGGGAGAGAGUGAGGGAGGGAGAAAGAGAGAGAAAUGGACAGUCUCUAUAUUUUCUGGAAAUUUGGGACUACAUUCUUUCUUAAAAAAAAAAAAUUAAGUUUAAAUACCUGAUCAGAGUUGGUUCUGAGUUCAAACAAUCCUGCCUCCUACUGAGAACACAAUCAUAUUUUCACUUGGGUGCACAUCUGAGCGAUUCUAUGAUCAUUUGUGCAGGUGGUCAGUAUUAUCUGAUAAGCUAGAAGUAGUUCUCAAGAUGGAAGUGACAAAUAGCCAUCCUCACACUUGUUUAGGACGCAUUUUUCAUGUCCAACGUGAGAAAGCAUCGAUCAGGUCUAGUGUGAACCACGCGACAUUGGAAUUAGCCACAGUGCAUGGACUGUCCUCUUUUUGAAACUUGUGUGGAAAGUAAACCAUCAGGAGCCCUGGCAAAUGCCCCAGGCAGAAAGGGAGGGAAAAAGCACUGAUCUGUUCUCUGCCUCAAUGCAAUUCUUCCUACUUGUGAAGCCAUCUUGUUCAGGUGGGAGGAAGGUAGAGGAAUUCCAGAGUCUGAGAGCAUCUUGGAAUUGACUGUGAGCACAUAGGGUAGAUGAGUUCGGUCCUGAGAAGGGGUCCACCCUGCUCAAGUGUGUGUGUCCACCCCUUUCUAGGAAGGUGGACCAAGGACCAGGCCAGGGUACUCACCAAGUGGCCUCCAACAGUCCCUGCUCCCAUCAUCCCACAUGGACUUGGAAGCCCUGACUCCCAGUCUUCGGGCCAUCUCGGGCCCCUCCCCACUGUCCCGAGAUGGUUCUGAGAUCCCGCUGUCCUCCUCCCCUCUCUCAAGGAUGUAACUCCCUGCUAGCCGUGCAGCUCAGCUCGUGGUGUCCUGGUGAAACGAGGGCGCACUUGCGCCCCACGUGCCUUGGCGACACGGGCGGCACCACGCCCCGCUUCGCCCCGUCCGGUCCCGCCGCACCCUCUAGGCCAUGCCUUGCCCUGGGCCAGCUGGGCCUGGUGGCUGGGUCGCACUCUGUAUUUGUAUUUGGAUUCCUACGUUUGUACUACUAAUACAAAUAAAUGCACAUGUUGUCAAAAAUACUUGACCCAGAAAUGGGCAUCUUUCCGGUUUGGGGUGGGUGACCAAGAGGAUAGUGAAAGGCAGGCUGCGGCCAAAGUCAAGGGUAACCCUACGCAUGUGGUCCCUGCCCACCAGGGGGACAUGGCACCCAGUGCCCCUCUUGGAGGCUCAGUUCCCUGCCCAGCACCACACAGACAUUUCUGCAGUGCUGAAGGGGAGAGGGUUAAAUGUCUUCUCUGGCAGAAAGGUUAUAAGUGGCUAGCGUCCAAAGGAAGUGUCUUCCUCUUCCACUCCUGCCAAAGCCCAUGAACAGAGAUUUCUAACCCAUCCCUGGAGAACAGGAGGCCCCACUCCAGCCAAGUCAAGGCAACUGAUGCCAGCCUCUGGGGCCUUGCCCACAGUUGAGGAGAUGACUACAGUGUGGCCAGUGACCCUAUACUGUCUAUGCAUCUGGAAAGGACUGGCCACCCCCAAAGUCCAAACAGUUGCUUGGUGGGAAGGCACUGCAGCCCCACACUAAAUAAAGGCAAACCUUCACAAAGGAAAACUAUAAACCAAUCGCAACUCCCACCACUGUGGGUAGACAGAAAAUUUUAUACUCUAGUUUAUUUGAAUUGAGCACAUAUUACUAAAAGUGAACAACCCAGGUCCCCUACCUAGUUCACCUAGUAUGACUUCAACAAAAUAGUCCCACCUCUUCCCAGAUGGCCCUGUGCUGGUGGAAGGUGGGGUGGGGGCUACCAGACAUUUUCUACCACCUCUGCCUGUUUCUACCUCUGCUUUCAGUCCUAACAGAGGACAUAAAAUAUGACAUUGGAUUUUCAGAAGCUGAUUAGACCUCUCCAAAGUACCUAUUUUGGUGUUUUCAGCAAUUACUUCUAGAAUUACUUCACUUUGUGCUUAAACACUGACGAACAUUUUGUGUUCAUUCCUCACUUUCUCUUAUUAGAAUUGUCAAGUUCUCCCUGUUUUGUGGCCAAAGUUGCAGGCCCUUUCAGAGAUAAAUUAUAACAGCUGUCACAUGUAUUAAGAAAUUUUCACACAUUGAAUUUAUUCCAUCCUUCCAGCACACUGUGAUGGAGGUACUGUAUUUGUCACUAUUUUACUGAUAAGACAAUUGACACAUGGGUUAAAAAACUUGUCCAAUAUUGUAAGCUUACAAAAAGGAUUUAAAUGCUAGAAAUAUGACUUCAGGUAACUUCAAAACUCCUGUGCUUAGUGGCUACACUCUGCCAGUCAGGGUCUUGAAAACCUUGAUAUGGAAUGAACUUCUGAGGCCAUUCAUUUACUGUGGUAGAAGUUCACUUUUCAAUUAAUAUAAACACACUUUUCUUUGGAAAAUAACAUCUCUUCCAGGGGGGCAACUAAAUAAUGUGCCCAAAUGGCACACUGAGGUCAGCUGUCUUUAGUAGGGACUGUCUUUAGUAUUGCCGGAAAUCAACAAAAACUACUCUCAACUAAAAAGUAAUACAUACAACGUUCACUCACUUGAUUGCUUGACCUGUAAAGUAAGAAGAGAGUUCAUGCUAGGCCCUGAAGGUACUGGUUUCAGAACUGGAAUUCUAAGUAAAGGAGAGACUUCAUAAAGUCUCAAGAUUUGGGACCCUGAGACCUGGAGGGGCAUAUUUAAGCCUCCCACCUCACCCCAAACUAGCUUUUCUUUUCUGAAAACCUUUCAGUGACUUUACCUGGGCCAAUAGCCUCAUUGAUCCAGGCCCAAAGGAAAGUUACAUCCAAACAUAGCCCAGAAGGAAUGCUUCUGGUCUGUUCCCUAGGGGAGAUGGCAGAGAUUCUUGGGAUCCUGCAGCAUCUUCAAUAUUUGUAUUGAAAGGAAACUGGGAAGCCUGCCUGGAAGUUAUUUUAAGGGCUUUAGAACUAGAAAGGACUGACUAUAAGACUGGGCUGGCUACAUUUAUAUAUGAAGGGAUCCAAUAGCACUAACAAUUUGCUUUUAAGGUUAAUGAGGAACUACUCAAGUAAAAUGACUAUUUAAACCUGAAUUCACAGUGGUAUUCAGCCAAAGAAAUUGAAAUGUCAGUACUUCCUUGAUACAUUGUAGAGGAAAAGCCCAAGUCUUUGGGAGGUGAGAAUGUUGGAAUGUGUCCAUUACAUGCAACUAAUCCAUCCACCAUCUAAACACAAACAGGGACAUUCAGGGAUACCCCCCCUCACCUAAAGACUAAGAAAGACAUCAGUGAUGAAGCCCAGCAUCCAUGGAAGCUCAGAGGAGGCUGCAAAUGUUGGGGAUAUGCUACCAUGGACCCCCGGAUCCCUGGUUUCAGUGGGAAUUAUUAAAUUUUGUAGUAGUAGGGCCAAGUGGUGUGACUUAAUCUUCAUAAGCAGUGGAUUCAAUGACAAUAAUAAGCCCUAGGAAUGGAGGAAAAAUCAGAGCAUGUCAAUCCACAAACAUCUGAGGCAGUGGCUAACUGAUGCCAAAGUCUGUAGGAAUGGUAUAGAUGCAAAGGCUACAGAGGCUUUGUUUGAUGUAUAUAAUCAGGGAAGUACUAGAGCAAUCAGGCAGAAUCUCAUGUUGACAUAAUGAAAAUUCAUGGAUCCUUACUGUGACCCUGGUUUAAUACAAUUCACAGAUUCAGAGUCCCCCUGUGGCCACGACCCAGGUCCCUUUGAAAGGAAUUCUGUAUCAUGGCCAAGAGUAUAUCCUGAGAUUCUUCCUCCAAGCAUUUCCUAGAGAUAAGGAGCUGUUUACCAGAAUAACUGUGUCAGAAGGAAAGGAAAAUAAUCAGAAUUUCUAGAGUUAUUUGGUACUGACUUAUGAAUUUUAAAAAUUCCCUGGGAACACAAAAUACACUAGGGUCCAAAGUCAGAGGAAACAAUGAAACUCAGAGCAUAAACAGUCUUUCUGCUUUCUCUUUGCCUAUGCCAAUCCUCCAGGAGCCCAGAGGAGUAAGACUCCUAAUGUAUAUGAGAAGUAUAAAUACUGUAAAUCUGAUGGAAUCUUCACACAUUUGCUCUAUGAAGACUGAGAGACAAAGACUUUAAGAAAAUGUGUUCUACUUGCAAAAGUGUUACCAAUGACAUCCCAGCUAAAGUUUGCCAAAUGGAAAAUACGAUGGGAUUUAAAGAAAAUAAAACCAGAUUACUAAAGUAA